AUGUUCAACACUGCAGUGGCUUUCAGUAGCGACGGCUCACUUGUGGCGAAGUAUCACAAAACACACCUAUUCUUCGAGGAUAGUUACAACACUCCUCCCAAAGUAGAGUUCGUUUACUUCGACACUCCUUUCGGACGCCUAGACCCGGGCAUUCAAGAUGUGGUCAAAUAUGGAGUGCAAACAAUGGUGUUCCCCACCUAUUGGGGCGAUGAGUUGCCGUUUAGAUCGGCCAAACAGCUCCAGGAGGGCUGGGCUACCACUAAUCGGGUCAACCUUUUGGCAGCAAAUGUCUUGAACCUCAUGACAGGCUCUAUUGGGAGCGGUAUAUAUUCGGGCGAAAACGGACCGAUUGUCUACUCAGACAUCACCACCAAAACGGCUAAACUGUUCGUAGCGGACAUUCCCAUUAACAGUCACAACACUAGCGCCUCGUGUCUCUCCAAACGGUUUAAUAAAACCGUUUCCAUCGAGAGUUUGAAAACUGAUUCCGAGUAUAAGUCAAUGGAAAUGAACACAACAGGUCUGACUCUUAAGAAACUGGUAGACAAACAAAACUCAUCAGUUGUUUGCGAUAACGGAUUCUGUUGUCAACUCAAUUAUUCUGUGGUGUCGGAGCUGUCAUUACGGGAUGAGUCCUAUUGGCUGUUUGUGGUGAACAGUAGUGCUCACCAAAACUAUCCGAUGUGUGAAGAGACUUGUGGUGUCUUUAGAUGUGAUGACGACACCUGUCAGUCAUUCCCAACCAAAUCAAAGACUGUUUUCAAGAGUCUAAGACUAAGCGCCAAAUUCACCACUAAUUACACGUAUCCCAGCCUCACAUCAAAUGACUUGACUUUAGUUCCCAAACAGUAUUGGAUUUAUGAAAAUAACGGACAAAUUGGGUCUGAAGUGAAACUUAAUUUAGAGAAUUUUGAUAAACCAUUGCUGGCUAUGGCUUUGUACGGCAGGUGUUAUGAUAAGGACCUCCCACCUCCUUAUAAAUUCAAUCAUACCUUUGAAUAA